CGGAUCAUGCGUGUGGAUCAGGCCUCGUCGUGGUACCGGCGCAUGUCCGUGGUCUAUGCGGUGGGCGCCUGGACAGUGUUGGGCUCCUUGUAUUUCUACAACCGGAAGGAGAGCAAACCAUCAGGCGGUGAAGUAAAGCAAAAGGAUAUUUCAACAAAUGAAAUAGCUGAGCCCCCACCCAAGGGGUUUUAUAUGGAAACAAUUGUCACAGCUAGAGAAGAUUUUGUUCCAGUAACUGACAGGAUUCUCAACUAUUGGAAUUCAUGGACUGGUGGUCCUGGGCCAAAAUCAUGACUGACUGCUGAAUUCUCAAAAUCAGGACUUUGGUUUAACAUAUUAUGUGAUUGAUGCCUUGAUUUCCAUUUUAUGUUUGUGAAAAAAGGUGUAUUGAAUUUUUUUGUAAAAUAGAAUCACUAUUAAUAUCCAAUAAAUAUUUCCCUGGGGUAAAGGAAACUUAAAUUUUCAAGUGAUGCCCCUCUACUUACCUGAGAAUAAGGUUGAAAUCAAAUUGCACGUUGAGCAUAAUCUCAUUUUUUUCUAUAAUCUCCGUUUUCUGAAACUCAUUGACCUAACAUUGUAUAGUUGACUGCUGUUCUGUACCAGCACUGCCAGGAGUGAUCCCUAAGCACAGAAUCAGGAGUAAGUCCUGAGUAACACCAGGUGUAGGCCCCAAACAAACAAAAUUGAAUAUUUGUUACUUUUUUUUUUAGUAAGAAAUUUUUAAGUGAAGCAUGAU